AUGACUUCGGUGCUCCCAUCACAGUCGACCGAUAUCAAACCUCCCAUUUCAGACUGUCGCCCAGACGGAGCCAUGCCUCAGUUUCAGGAGCCUACGCCUCCUCACAAUAUCAAACAGGAAGAUGAGCAUGAGCGGGGCCGUCGCCGUAGUCGAUCUGAUGAUAAAGAUGUCGAAAGGCCUGAUCUAGAGGAUAUGGAAGACGGCGAUGGAAAUGGGAACGAUGGUCACUCAUCCAAUGAGGAAGGACCCGCGAGGAAACGACGCAGAAGCCGAAAGGGCCUAGACAAGAAGUUUGAGUGCCCUGAGAAAGGCUGCGGGAAAAGUUACUCCAGGGCAGAGCAUCUUUACCGGCAUCAGCUGAACCACAAUCCGAAACAGGUAUACAAGUGCGGAAUUGGUGAUUGCCAACGGACGUUCGUGAGGCUUGACCUUUGCAACCGUCAUAAGGAGCGCCACACGGCCAAAGGAUCAGCAUUGAGCAGGAAAGACUCCUUAAUGUCCCAAGCCUCCCCGACGACAGAUGGUCGUUCUCCUUUUAUGGCCCCGGGUUCCGCAUCCCCAGAAAUGAACCGUCCCGGGAAUGGAUACCCCAAAGGCAGGCCCCUUACCAUGCAGUUCAACUCACCCAAGGAUACAAUGGGAAGCCCAUAUACGCCCAUGACUGCCAGCGCACCUACGAAUGGUUACUCGAAUGGCGUUGACUACAUGCAGCACGGUGCUCACUAUCAGCACAUGUCAGGACAAAGACCUCUUCACCAAUCGCCGCCUGGGCCUCACAGACCAUCGUUGCAGACGAAUGUUGGCCCUUAUGGGGUGUUAUCUCCUGUUUCUACCCAGCCGGGGUAUCAUAGUCAUCCCGUGAACACACCUCAGUCUGCGGUUCCAUAUGUCACGCCGCAGAACUUCCCGCCUUUUAGCCUUCCUCCAUCAGAUUUUGCGACAUCGUCUCCCGGAGCUGUCGUGAAUAGGGAAGCCCAACAGCAGGCUUAUGUGCCCUUAACAACUGCAGAGUCUUUCGACCACCACUCGCAAGAUACUGGGGAGAUGGUGCGGCUGGACCAGAUGAGCAUGCAGCAGACAAUGCCAGUUUUCGGCACUGAUAGCAUCCUCAACAAGUCGCCAUAUGUUGGAAUGCCCGAAGACUUUAUGGCCUAUCUGUUCAACACGCAUGGUGAAGGAUCGCCCACUGUAGUUCCUGUUCAGGGGCUAAAUUAUGGGGAGUUUUCUACCAACCAGUAUCCGUUUUACAAUGACCCCAGUCAGUUGGGAUACUUCCCACAAAUGGCCCCUCAACAGAUCAUGUCCGUUGAGAACCUUUUGGACCAAAAUCUCCCCGAAUCAAUAAUUUCGGAUCUGAAAAGCGGCGAAAUCUUCGAGCUUAUUAAGGAAAGGUUCCACGAAAACGGCAAUGCCCCGAUUGAAAGGCAGCGCGACAACAUCCUCGAGGGCGACCGCAACGAUGACAACCACAUGUUGAGCCGGAAGAUGAUGCAGGCAUAUAUCGUAUCUUACUGGCUUCACUUCAGCGACCAGAUUCCCAUCCUUCACAAACCUACCUUUUCUCCCGACAAAACACCAAAUCUGCUCCUGAUUGCCAUGAUGGCCAUUGGCGCUGCGUGUCUCGAUAAGGCAUACGGUCAGAAAGUCACCAAGGCAGGUGCCGAGCUGUCCAACUUCUUAGCCUGGCAUCUGAGAUGGGAGAUGUUCCAGGACCCCAACUGUCGGCCGCCAGCCAAGCUUUGGGUGUUCCAGACGCUCCUGCUUCUCGAGUUGUAUGAGAAAAUGUACUCAACGAGAGAACUGCACGAGAGAGCCCAUAUCCACCACGCAACGACCAUCACUUUGAUGCGCCGUGGUAGGGCCUUGAUCGGCAAAUCAGCUUUGGAUUCUCCCCCGAACCUGAGAGAUGACAAGACCAACGGUUCGAGACAUUCGUCAACAUCCGUGGCUCACACACCAGACGAGUGGUGGAAUCAUUGGAUCACCAAUGAAGCAACCCGACGUGCCGCCUUUGCAGCUUUUGUUAUUGACUCGAUCCACGCCACCAUGUUUGGCCACUCGACCGUCAUGGUAGCCCAUGAGAUGCGUCUACCACUACCCUGUGACGACAAGCUCUGGAAGGCGAAGAGUAGCGCAGAAGUAGGAAAGAUUGAGGCGGAGCUCAUGUCACAAGCCAAGCCGAUCGGGUUCCUCGACGGGCUCAAGCGGACGUUGAACGGCCAGACAGUUCAAACCAACUCAUUCGGCCGCACCAUCCUCAUGGCGGGUCUACUUAGCGUCAGCUGGCACAUGAACCAGAGAGACCUCCAGGUUAAUUCCCUUGGGGCUACCACGGCUCUUGGAGGUCGCGACAAGUGGCGGACCACGCUCACCCGGGCAUUCGAUUCUUGGAAGAAGGAAUUCGACAGGGCUCUGGAGGAAAGGCGAGGCGAAAUGGCUGACCCCUAUUUCUUCGGAGUCAGGGGUAAUGAGACGGAUGUGGUAUUUGAAAGUCGUGUCGUCCUGCACCACUUGGCUCAUAUGGCCAUGCACAUCGACAUUGUAGACUGCCAGAUUUUUGCCCGGGCCAAGCGACUUUUGGGCAGAGCAAUCGGCGCGCAAGAUCUCAGCAGCGCUACCCGUCGCAUGAAAGACCAGUGGGCUCCUUCGGCGAAAGCCCGCGACGCGACCUUUUAUGCCUUGCAAUUCCUGCAAUCCGUCUUACUACCCACCGGCUCCGGCUCUCCCCAAUCCAAUGGUUAUACCAGCCAUAUGGACGAAGAAUAUUCGGCCCGCGACGACGUCCUCCUCAACCGGCCCUGGGUCUUGUACUUUGCCGCUCUCGUGGUGUGGUGCUACGGCUAUGCUCUGGAGGGUCCCUGUCCCGCGCUGCCUGUGCCUGCUACCCACCAGGAUGCCGUCCGACAGAUGCGCGAGUAUCUAGUCAAAUACGGCAGCAUUCAAUCGCCGGAGGACCUCAAGUCCAUGAGGGGCCUCAACCAGAAUACGGCGCUGUUGGUGGUGUUGAAGGACACGUUCCGAGUGACCAGGUGGGAGCUACUUCACGAGGGCGCGACACUGUUGAAUAAUUGCAUUCAAUUGAAUGCUGGGGCGAAUGUGGCUUAA